AUGGCAUAUACAACUACAAGUUCACAUCAACGAACAAUAUACUCAGAUGGCUCUCGAGAUAAUUUUCAAUAUCAAAGACCAACAUAUUCACAACAACAACCAUCAUAUUCACAUGCACAAGAACGUCAUAUUUAUGAUGAACAACCAUAUUAUAUCAAUGAACAAACUAUUUCAGGACACAAUAUCGAUGGAGAUAAUCGACGAAGUGGACGGGUAACAUAUAAUAGUGGUGAUGGUGAUUUUAAUCGACCAACAAAUACAAGAAUUACUAAUGGUUAUACAUCGCAUCAACAUGAUUCAUAUAGUGGUGGUGCUGAUCGAGAAAAACUUCAUUGCUAUAAUUGUGAUCGAAACUUAUCUGGUUCACGAUAUAUACUUAAAGAUGAACGUCCUUAUUGUAUUAAAUGUUAUGAAGAUCGUUUUUCUAAUACAUGUGAUGAAUGUCGAAGAAAAAUUGGUACCGAUUCAAAAGAUCUUUCAUAUAAAGAUCGUCAUUGGCAUGAAAAAUGUUUUUUUUGUUCAAUGUGUAGAACACCGCUCGUUGAUAAACCAUUUGCUUGUGUAAAUGAAAAACUUUAUUGUGGAGAAUGUUAUAAUCAACAAUUUGCUACACGUUGUGAUAAAUGUCAUCAAAUAUUUAGACCAGGCUCUAAAAAACUUGAAUAUCAUGGACAACAAUUUCAUGAACAUUGCUUUACUUGUUAUUCAUGUUCACAACCUAUCGGUACAAAAAGUUUUAUUCCAAGAGAUCAAAAAAGUUAUUGUAUUCCAUGUUAUGAACAACAUUUUGCAACUAAAUGUACUCGUUGUCUUAAGGUGAUAAACCAAGGUGGUGUUACAUACAAAAAUCAACCAUGGCAUCGUGAAUGUUUUACAUGUACGAAUUGUAAAAAUUCUUUAGCUUCACAACGGUUUACAUCACGUGAUGAUCAUCCUUAUUGUGCCGAUUGUUUUGGUCGACUUUUUGCUAAAAAAUGUUUUGCAUGUACUAAACCAAUAACUGGUGUUGGUGGUACACGUUAUAUCUCGUUUGAAGAUCGUCAUUGGCAUAAUGAUUGCUUUGUAUGUCAACGUUGUCGAACUUCACUUGUUGGUCGUGGUUUUCUUACUGAAGGACCUAAUAUUCUUUGUCCUGAUUGCGGUAAACGAGAACAUUAUUAUGAAAGAGAAAGAGAAAAUAAUGAUUAUACACCUGCACUUCGUACUGUUAUUAGUUAUCACCAUAGAACAAAUUAA